UGUCAAACGUGUUCACUAUUACUCUGACUCUGGUAACGUGACUUCCUGGUAACGUGUUAGGUAGGAAAAGCAGUAAAAAAGUGCAUAUUAAGGGAGCAGAUUUGAAAUAAUAUUUAUACUUAACAAGAAAUAAUUAAAGGUUCAAUGGGGAGACCUAAAGAUUUACGCAUAUGGGAGCACUACCGUACUUUACCAAACAAGUCUGUUUCUUGCAAGCUUUGUAAUAAGGUCUACAAAUUCAGUAAUGCUGCCAAAAUGCUUCAACAUCUUAUCACUUGUCCAAAAUCUCCAGAAACAUUAAAAGACUCUAUGAAACUUAUAAAAGAUAGCUCGUCCAAAACCAAAAUGUCUGGACUGUCAGAGAUAGAGACAAAUGAUUCUUUUAUAAGCCCCUCGUCGUCUGCUAACACUACAAUAAAUGCUGAGUUUCAAGACACCGAUGAUCAUAUAAAAACAGAAUUAGCGAGAGCUAUAUUUGUAACAGGGACGCCAUUAUCGAUGGUGCAACAUCCUUUAUGGAUACAAUUUUUCGAAAAAUUGCAACCAAAAUUUAAAAUACCUUCACGUAAAGCUUUAGCGACAAAAUACUUAGAUAAAAUAUAUAGAGAAAUGCGUUUUGAGUUAAAUGAGGAACUAAAUGCUUGUAGUUACUUACACCUUCAGUGCGAUGGCUGGUCUAAUUUAAGAAAUGAAGGAAUAAUAAACUUUCUUAUAUCAAAACCUCAACCUGCAUACGUUAAAAGUUUGAAUACAGAAAGUAAUCCUCACACUAGUGAAUACCUUAGCCAAGAAGUUGAAAAAGUAAUGAAAGUGUAUGGAGCAAAUAAGUUUCUUGUACUUAUUGGCGAUAACGCUAGAAAUAUACAAAAGGCAUUCGAAUUAACAAAACUCAAAUAUCCACAUGUUGUUCCUCUCGGUUGCUGUGCACAUAUCCUUAACUUGUUGUGCCAAGAUAUUGUAAAGAUACAAGAAGUAACUGUGUUUAUUAUGCAAGCCAUAAAUAUAAUAAAAACUGUUAAAAGGAGUCAACGAUUAAGUUCCUUGUUGAUAAAAUCAAGGCAGGGUGAAGAUUCUACACAAACACUAAAAUUGCCUUGUGCUACAAGAUGGGGAAGUCAUGUUACUUCGUUAAAAAGUUUGAAAGCAAAUAAGAUAGCUUUGCAAAUAUUAACAGUUAGAGAAGAUGUGGUAAUUUCAAGAGAUAUUAAAGAUUUAAUUCUAAGUGAUGAUUUCUGGACGAAGACAGGGGAAUGUAUAAGUAUUUUGGAACCAGUCACUGAAAGCAUAUUUUACUUAGAGAGCGACCAGAAUCGUUUGCAUCGCACAUACAUUACAUUUAGAGAUGUACAAGCUAAGAUACGUUUUGCAUUAAAUGAGAUUUCGACAUUGAGCGAAGAAAGCAAACAGCAGAUUCUAACAUCAGUAUCUUCAAGAUGCAAUAUGGCAAUGAGGCCAAUACAUUUUGCAGCAUAUAUUCUAGACCCCAGGACUCUAGGAGUCGAACUUACUCAAGAGGAAGAACUUAAGGGUAUGGAGUUUAUCUACAAUUUAAGCCAACACUUAAGUUUGUCAAAUGUAAUGGCAGAUUUGGCGUGUUAUAAAGCUAAAGAAAACUUUUGGGCCAGAGGAUUUGUAUGGAGCUCAUUAGAUAGCAUUGAGCCCCUAAUAUGGUGGAAAGGUAUUUGUGGUUCCACUGAGUUAAGCAAAGUAGCGAUUCGUAUUCUAUCAGCUCCCUGUACUUCGGCAGCCACUGAGCGUUCCUUUAGUAUCCAAGGCUACAUACAUAAUAACAAAAGAAAUCGACUUACAACUGAAAGAACUGAAAAAAUUUCAUUCAUUUGUUAUAACUGGAAUCUUAAACAUAAAGCUGAAUGCGAGGACAUUCAGUUUAAUGAAGAAAAUACCUUAGAAGCUUUCAUUGAGCAAGUAAAUGAACAUAACAGUUUAGACGAAAUAGAGCCUAUCGAACCUAUACAAUUCAUCGCUUGUAAUAACUCUGAAUCUGACAGUGAUUGACUGUAGUUUUACAUUUUACUUUCAUCUCUUUCUUAAUAAACUCAAAAUCAAAUUAAAAGUUUUUUAUUCUGUAGGCUGCAUAAUAAUAUUGUCUAUGUCCAGUAUAGUGGACGUCUUGCGGCUGAGAUGACGAUGAUGAAGUACAAAAUCAUAAACACCCAAAAAUUUGGGUGUUUAUGGGGUUUAAACCCAAUAAACCCAAAACACCCGGUUUUUACCCACCAGACUUUAAACCCACCCAG